AUGGUAACCCUUUUCACCAUCGUUUUACCUCUACCCUAUAGAGUUCGGAAAGUUUUGUACAAUGGUUAUUAUAAAUGGACUGCCAGUAGACAGUUUCAAACAGUUUACUAUAUCUUUGGUUCCAUUGUGGGUUUGCUGUUUGUGGACUCAUGGAAGAGAGCUCAAGUUAAAGUUUCGUUGUACCACCAUAAGAAGUACGGUCAGGAGGAUUCAGACCCAGCUGCAGUAACCCCAAUACAGGCUUUAGCCUCUAGAGCUUAUAACCAGCGGAAUGUUUAUAUCUCAGGGUUCAUUUUGUACUUUAUGGUUUGCAUUCCAACGGUUAUGACUAUUGUGAGAAGGUUGGUCAAGUAUCAAAACUUGAUCAAUGAGGAGAAUGCUACAAUGAAGAAGGAUACUAAAAGAGAGAGACCUGUAGAAGACAAGGAUAUCGAUGAUUUGAUGGAAGAAUUAAAAAAGAGAGAUGCUUCUCUUGAAGGUUUACAGAAGCAAGUCAAGAAUUUAGAGGAUUACUUCGAUAAGCAAAACGAUGAAUCAGCCCUUGAGAGAGCAGAUGAAAGUUUGAAGAAAGAUCAAUAG